AUGAGCGCCCCCGAGGCCGAGCGCCCGGGGCCCGCGCCCGCGGCCGACGUGCCGGGGCUGCUGGCGCAGCUGGCGCAGCUGGCGCGCGGCUUCGCGCUGCUGCUGCCCGUGUACGCGCUGGGCUACCUGGGCCUGAGCUUCAGCUGGGUGGUGCUGGGGCUCGGGCUGCUCUGGUGGUGCCGCCGCGGCCGCGGCCUCAAGGCCAGCCGCCUGGGCCGCGCCCUGGCGCUGCUGGACGACGACGAGCGCGCCGCGCGCCUGGCCCUGCGCGCCUGCGACCUGCCGGCCUGGGUUCAUUUUCCAGACACGGAGAGAGCAGAAUGGCUAAAUAAGUCCGUGAAGCACAUGUGGCCAUUUAUCUGCCAAUUUGUGGAGAAGCUGUUCCGAGAAGCCAUAGAACCGGCCGUGCGGGGUGCCAGCACCCAUUUGAACACCUUCAGCUUCACAAGGAUCCACAUGGGCCAGCAGCCCCUGAGGAUCAACGGUGUUAAGGUGUAUACUGAAAAUGUGGACAAGAGACAAAUUAUUUUGGAUCUUCAGGUUAGUUUCGUGGGGAACUGUGAGAUUGAUUUAGAGAUCAAGCGGUAUUUUUGUAGAGCUGGUGUGCAAAGCAUACAGAUUCAUGGCACAAUGCGGGUGAUCAUGGAGCCUUUGAUCGGAGACAUGCCUCUUGUGGGGGCUUUGUCCAUCUUCUUCCUCAGAAAGCCGCUGUUGGAAAUUAACUGGACAGGACUGACUAAUCUCCUUGAUAUCCCUGGGCUGAAUGGUUUAUCAGAUGCUGUCAUUUUGGACAUAAUAUCAAACUACUUGGUGCUUCCCAACCGCAUCACUGUGCCUCUUGUGAGUGAAGUUCAGAUGGCUCGGCUGCGGUUUCCCAUGCCCAAGGGUGUUCUCAGGAUACACUUUAUGGAAGCUCAGGAUCUUCAGGGGAAAGACACUUACCUGAAGGGACUUGUCAAGGGGAAGUCAGACCCCUAUGGAAUCCUUCGCGUCGGCAACCAGAUCUUUCAGAGUCAAGUCAUCAAGGAGAGCUUGUGUCCCAAGUGGAAUGAGGUGUACGAGGCUUUAGUCUAUGAACAUCCAGGACAGGAGUUAGAAAUUGAGCUCUUCGAUGAAGACCCAGACAAAGACGACUUUCUGGGAAGUCUUAUGAUUGACCUGGUUGAAGUUGAAAAGGAACGCCUUUUGGAUGAAUGGUUCACCCUGGAUGAAGUUCCCAGAGGGAAGCUACAUCUGCGGCUGGAGUGGUUGACCUUGGUGGCUGAUGCGUCCAGACUCGACAAGGUGCUGGCAGACAUCAGAGCAGAUAAGGACCAAACCAAGGACGGUCUUUCCUCCGCGCUGCUGGUUCUAUACCUGGAUUCCGCAAGGAACCUUCCGUCAGGGAAGAAAAUUGGCAGCAACCCGAGUCCCCUCGUGAAGAUGUCAGUUGGAAACAAGACCCAAGAGAGCAAGAUUCGGUACAAGACCAGUGAGCCCGUGUGGGAGGAAAACUUCACCUUCUUUGUUCACAACCCCAAGCGCCAGGACCUUGACAUUGAGGUCCGAGAUGAGCAGCAUCAGUGCUGCCUGGGGAGUCUGAAGGUCCCACUCAGCCAGCUGCUCAGCUGCGAAGACAUGACUGUCAGCCAGAGAUUCCAGCUCAACAGCUCCGGCCCCAACAGCUCCCUCAACAUGAAGCUCGCUCUCAGGGUAUUGCACCUGGACACCCGGGGACGAGCCCCUGACCACCUGCACUCGGCCCAGGUAAAACGGCCCAGUGUCUCCAAGGAUGGCAGGAAAGUCUCCGUCCGGUCCCAGAACUCUAUGGCCCCUAGUGCUGGCAACCACAGCACCACCCCACCCACACCGGUCAGCGGUGGCAGCGAGAAGCCUGGUGUGCAGGAGGGGUCACAGCCUGCAGAAGCUAGCCCCCAGGGGCUUCAGGACAUGGGCAGAAGCUCCUCUAGCCUGCAAGCCUCCUGUUCACCCAACCACAUGUCCCUGAAGGAGCCCACCCCAAGCAUUGCCUCCGACAUUUCCUUGCCCAUUGCCACCCAGGAGCUCCGGCAGAGACUGCGGCAGCUGGAGAAUGGAACCACCCUGGGCCAGUCACCCCUGGGGCAGAUCCAGCUUACUCUCCGCCACAGCUCCCAGAGGAACAAGCUGGUUGUGGUGGUACAUGGCUGCAGGAAUCUCAUCGCCUUCUCAGAAGAUGGCUCUGACCCUUACGUCCGCCUGUACUUGCUACCAGACAAGAGGAGGUCUGGGAGGCGGAAAACACAUGUGUCCAAGAAAACACUAAACCCAGUGUUUGAUCAAAGCUUCGAUUUCAACGUCUCAUUACCAGAGGUGCAGAAAAGGACGCUAGACGUGGCUGUAAAGAACAGCGGUGGCUUCCUGUCCAAAGACAAAGGGCUUCUCGGCAAAGUCUUGGUCAGCCUGGCCUCUGAAGAACUUGCCAAAGGCUGGACCCAAUGGUAUGACCUAACGGAAGAUGGAGCACGAUUUCACGUGGCAACAUAGCGGUCUGCCAGUAAGGGGUCCCACAUGCUACUGCCCCACAGGCACUCUUUCUGUUUUAAUAUGUCAAGUAUUGAGCUACACAGCCCUGGGUCAUUUUUUUUUAGAACAUGUGGAUGUUCCAGCCAGAUUCCAUAACUGUUACCAUUACAUUUUAUGUGUCUUGUUUCCUCCAGUAUCUUGUCAUUUACUGCUUCACACAGUAGGAUCUUAGUUAAUACUGUUUUAUGGGGAUGGGGUGGAAUGAUAGUUACAGCAGGGAGGACAUUUGCCUUGCAUGCAGCUGAUCCAGGUUUGAUCCCGGCAUCCCAUAUGGUCCCCCAAGCCUGCCAAGAAUAGUUCCUGAGUACAGAGCCAGAAGCAUCUCUGGAUGUGGGCUCCUCACACCAAAAAGAAGAAAAGCACUGUUAUUAGAGGCUGCCGCACUAGAAAGCAGAUAUGUUUAUAUGCUUUACUGUUACAUUGUUUUGUAUACCACUGAGGUACAUAAUGCUGUGUAUAAACUCUAUUUUUAUAAUCUAUGUUGGUUUGAAUUCAAAAGAAAAUGAAUUAAGGAAAUAUUUAUUUUCUUCUAAAAGUUUAAAUUCUAUGACAAAUAAUCAGUUUUAUCUUUGCAGCAAAAAGUUAUCUAUGAUCUAUUUUCUGGUGUUUCUUUAAAGAAAAGCAGAAAGAUUUUUCAAUUUUUGGUAUACUUCUUCCCAUUAUGAGUGAUGAAAGUAUUUAAAAUAUUAAUGUUUUACAUAAAUAGAAAGAUGUAUGAAAUCAGAUACAGUGCUUUAAGGAAAAUUGCUGUGUACCUGAGUAUAUUAUUAAAAUGUUAAGAAAUUAAAUGGUUUGUAAAUCAUAGUGUUCUUAUCUAAAAUUUCUUACAUAAACUGCAGUGUCUUAA